AUGAAGAAUCAAACUGCUAUCAAUGAGCUCAUUCUUCUGGGAUUUUCCUGUGGGCUGCAAGUCCAGACCUUACUUUACCUGGUCUUUCUGGUCAUCUACGUGGUAACAAUCACUGAGAAUGCAAUCAUCAUCUUUGUCUGCAUGACCCAAUUAUACUUCAUCUCCCUUAUAUGCACUGAAUGUGUCCUCUUGGCUGUGUGACUAUUAGCCUAUGACUGCUAUUUGGCUGUCUGCCGUCCCCUGCACUACCAAGCCAUCAUGACCCACAAACUGUGUUUUCAGCUGUCGAUUCUGUCACGGGCAGGAGGCUUUUCCAUUUCCUUAGUCAAGGUGUCUUUUAUUUCACGCCUCACAUUCUUUUGGGAUAUCUCUCCAGUCCUGAAUCUUUCCUGCACUGACAUGUCUAUUGCAGUAACAGUGGACUUUGUAUUAGCUUUGGUGAUCCUGUUCAUACCUCUCUUAAUCAUUGUUUUCUCUUACUGCUGUAUCUUGUCAACUGUCUUGUGUAUCCCUUCAGCCCAGGGAAGGAGAAAAGCCUUUUCUACUUAUACAUCCCAUUUCACUGUAGUAAUUAUCUUUUUCUCAGCCACUCUGUUCACAUAUGCUAGGACGAGGAGGAUCCAUCUAUUCAACCUCAACAAAAUCGUGUCUGUCUUUUAUGCUGUAUUCACUCCAGCACUGAACCCUCUAAUCUAUUGUCUGAGCAACAAGGAGGUGAAAGAGAUUCUGAGAAAGAUCAUAGGCACAAGCUGUUCUUUGUAG